UUUACGGGUUACGCUAUUCGCCGUAUAUUUCCAAUCUGGCCUAGCCUGCAAUAUGGAUGUGUAACCAUUGGAUCCUAUACGUACACUGCUGCAAAUGGGAAGCGCCCACUUUUAGGAUUUUUACAAUAUACAUGGAAUUUACCCCACAAUCAUCAUGGUUUUGUCACCGCUUGAAUUUAGUGAAUGCUAUCUAGAUAGUCCUGAGUUUCGGGAGAAAUUACGGGCUCAUGAAAAUGAACUGGACAGGACUAAUAAGGCGAUCAAGGAGCUCAUCCGCGACGGGAAGGCUCUGCUUUCUGCUGCACGAAAUCUCUCCAAGGCACAGCGAGCCUUCUCAGAAACUCUGAUGAACUUCAACUUUGAGUGCAUCGGUACUUCACAAACAGAUGCUGAAAUUGAUAUCUCACAAUCCCUGAAGGAGUUUGGUCGUCUUAUUGCCUUGAUUGAAGAUGAGCGGGAUCGAAUGCUGGAACAUGCCAAAGAUCAGCUCAUUGUACCACUGGAAGCCUUUAGGAAAGAGCAAGUUGGUCCUGCUAAGGAAGGAAAGAAGGACUUUGAAAGACAAACUGAGAAGUUCUGCAAGUCUCUUGACUCGUACGUCAGUCUCUCCACAAGAAAAAAGGAAGCUUCUCUACAAGAGGCUGAUGCUACACUUGACAUGGAGAGGAGACAGUUCCAUAAAGAUUCCCUCUGCUAUGUCUUCAAAAUGCAACAAGUACAAGAGAAGAAGAAGUUUGAGUUUGUUGAAACGUUAUUAGGAUUCAUGUACAGCUGGCUGACAUUCUACCAUCAAGGUCAUGAAGUGUCACGAGAGUUCAAACCGUACAUGACAGAGCUUCAGCUGAAAUUACAGAAUAUUCGGGCAGGUUUUGAUGCAACGAAGGAAGAAGCGGAGAAUCUCAUGCACAAGAUGAUGGAAAAACCACAUGAAAACAGGAAGAACAAGUCAACGCAAGAAGGCUAUCUAUUUAUGUAUGAAAAACGAGCACUGGGUUCCAGUUGGAUUAAACAGUACUGUCUCUACCACAAGGAAUCCAAGAAACUCAUCAUGCAACAAUAUGUACAGACCCUACCAAAAGUUACCUCAGAGGAAGUCAUAACAGUUCUAACAUGCACAAGAAGAAUGUCAGAGUCGAUAGAAAAGCGGUUCUGCUUCGACAUCACUGUCAUGGAAAAACCCAACGUAUUAACCUUCCAAGCUGUCACAGAGGAAGAGAGAUCACAAUGGAUGCGUUCAAUGGGUGGCAAGGAACCGGUCUACUUAAAUCCAUCACUGAUCUCCAAUUCAGAUGAAAAUCUCCUCAACGACAUUGGUUUUCACUUCAUCAGGAAGUGCAUAGAAGCCAUCGAGAGUAGAGGUUUGGAUGACCAAGGUCUGUACAGAGUAGUAGGGGUCAGCAGCAAAGUUCAAAGGUUAACCUCGGUCUGUCUAGGUAAGGGUAAGUCAGUAGAUAAGAGGAAACCUCAGAACGUGAAUCUGUCGGACUCUGGUGAAUGGGAGAUCAAAACAAUCACUAGUGCACUCAAGAACUACUUCAGGAACCUGCCGGAGCCUCUUAUGACGCACAAGAACCAUGAGGAGCUGAUGUUAGCUGCAAAGCAAGAGUCGAAGACCUUGAGAGUGAAUGACAUCCAUGCCAUCAUACACACACUUCCAGAACCCAACUUUGAGAUGCUUGACCUGGUCAUAGGUCAUUUAAACAGAGUGGCAGGUAACUGUGCAAAGAACCUGAUGACGGUAGCAAACCUUGGCGUAUGCUUCGGCCCAACCCUGAUGAGACCGGAAGAAGAGACGAUGAAAGCCAUCAUGGAAAUCAAGUUCUCCAACAUCAUCAUCGAGAUUCUCAUAUCAAACUAUCAAAAGAUCUUCAAGACCACUCCAGAUGGUUUGCCUCCAGCCCUGUCAACCAGGACACCUACCACCAACUUCCCCAAUUCAGCCUCUUCCUCCAUCUCCUCCUCCUCAAGUGCAUCCUCAUCAUCGAGGGCAUCACCGAGGCAUGCCACACCCAACUCCACUCCUAAAGAUGGAAGACAGGCGACUCCUACAGAUAGCACCGGUAGUACAGUGUCACGGGAACCGUCUCCUAGAAGACCAGGUGAAACCAAUAAGAACAAGUGGAAUAUUAGGUUGAGGAGGACGGACAGUGCCAAUCGGGCCAAUAAUAAUGCCACGCACCUGCACAAUGGGAACAAUGGGGGCGUGACACAGACCCUUCCACGUGCCCCACCUUUCAGGACAACAGGCAAUAGCAUGUUCUAUACCAAACCCAUGCAUUCCCCUCCACCUGUCUCACCGAAGCCAAAGUCUCCCCCACCUGUGACAUAUCGGUCUAGGACUCCCCAACCAAUAUCACCUACCCAUAGCAAUGAUUCUUUUCCACGUAGUGUCACUCCCAGCCUGGGUCCUAUCUCGGGUCCUAUCUCACCUAGUUUCAAUCACAACACGGACACUAAUCACAGUGAUAUUCCAAUUUACAGUCAGGUUGUCAACUAUCGCCCUCACAAAGCACCCCAUGUAAACCACCCCAAAGACAUGCCAGUGUAUGGAACAGUGAUGAAGAAUCCUCCUCCUGAGCAGCAUGGCAUGGAAGGCAACCGAUCGGGGGAACAGUCUAUGUUGUUGGAAUCGGGACGGGUGGCGGCGCUCCGUCGUCGCUUCCUGUCGGCUCCUCGCCCAGACAAGCCAGUUGAAGCACAGUACAGCAGUAGCAGUAGUCAUGAGUCUAUAAGUUCUCAAUCGUCGCUGUCUACACAUUCUUCGAAUUCCUCACCACCGACCAGUAAGAAAGCUAACUCUCUUUCGACAGUCUUUUGGAGGUCAAUACAAAUGAGGAAGUAUCCAAAGUAUCACACAUACCAUGGCAAAAGCCCUCCCCAAAGUAUGGAUGAGGACCGGACUAGCCCCCUAAGAACGUUUCGUUCACCCUCUGAGCUCCCACGAACAGGGGCACCGAUAUCAAGACCUCCGUUAGCAAGAGCGGAUGAAGUGGACAAUCAUGAAGGACCAAUAAGAUCUAAGAGUGAAUCAUCUAGUUCAAGCGCAUCAUCAUCAUCACAGCGUAGCACUGGACCAGCAGCAUCCAAAGGAACCCCUGGUGAUCAGUCCAUUUACGACUCUGUGGGCAAGAAGGGAAUAUGCGUGCGGACUUUAUACGCAUGUGAUGCUGAUAAUGAGUCUGAACUAUCUUUUCAACCGAACCAGAUCAUAGUCAAUGUACGGUCAUCCAAGGAAAGAGGCUGGUUACUUGGUACGCUGAACGGCAAGACGGGACUCGUACCAGAGAACUACGUCCAAGCGAUAAUACAGUGACACUGAAGAUCGCCCUCGCCCAGUUAUACGCACAAGCCAAGUGCGCGAGGGAUCACGUUGGGAUAGGGGAUCAUCAGAGACUGAAUACGUAGACAGUUAGAGUCAUCUUGACUGAUUGAGAAGCUACAUCGUGAUGUCAUGCAAGGGACAGAUAAUCAUAGUCAUGAUAUGAAGUCAUUUUCUGGGCAUAUUGAAAGAUGAUACCUGGCAUGUUAAGAAAAUAAUUUCGUACAUGAAUUAAAAAAGAAAGAAAACAAUUUCUUGGUUUUACACAUUUUCAAUCAUUUUUUGGAGUGAAAUGCACUUAAUUUCCUUUUUUUUCUGAGUGAGGGGUAUUCUGUUAUUUAAAAUG